AUGAAAAAUUAUCACACUCAGUGUGCCGACGGAGACGAGUCAUGGCGCACACGGUCGAUAAUAAUGUUUUCCAAAAGGCCGGACGGAGCGACGUCCGUCGUUAUGCCGCAAUUUGUGUGGAAUUUUUCACCUAUUGCGAUUUGGUCGUAACUCUGUUCUUCGCCAUCUCUGCGUGCCUGUCGAUGGUCUACUCGGACGAGGACCAGCUGUCCAGUCGCGUUUACGGAUUCUUGUGGUUGUUCGUCGAGAUCCACGUGUUUGCUCUAAUCGUCGUCAGGCUGUACCAUCAGUCGCAGUGUCGCGACAUGUACGACCGUUCCCAACUGAUAGAGCAGGGAAUACCGGAAAACUAUAGACGGUCAAUCUCCGCGGUGAUCGUAUACUACUGCAUCAUGUCCACCGUGCACGUCACAGCUCCCCUGUUGUACACGAUUUCGUCCGAUUCGGCGCAGGUGGGCGACCCGUUCGCGUUCCCUUUCGCGGACGUGUUGCCGAUAAAAACGACAAGCCCGACUGCCUACGUGUGCAAAUAUAUCGUAUACACUUUUCCCGUGUACUUGACACACUUGGAAUGCUGUUUCAUGAAUGUCACGUUCAUGUAUUUCACGGGCAUCGUGAAGGGACAUUUUCAGAUACUCGACCGACAGGUCCAGGAAGCGGUGACAAACGAGGACGAACAGAAAUUGAAGACCGCCAUCAAACACCACCAGGAGUCGUUGAAGUUUUUUAAAGAAAUGGAGACAGUUUAUGAAAAACCGAUAAUAAUGACAAUAGAAUUUUGUGGAUUAUAUAUCGGCUUAACUAGUUAUAUCAUGAUUCAAUGCAUACAGGGUGUUAUUCAUCCAAUAAUAUUGGGAUUGUGUAUAGCUAGUAGUACGGCGAGUCUCAUAACAAUAUCAAUUUAUUGCGUUUGUGGAAGCAAUAUGUAUGAUUUACACGAUGGUAUAUUGAACUCACUUUUCGAACACCAAUCAUGUUAUUCUCGAAAUAAAUCAUUAAAACGUCUUAUUUUAAUGAUGAUGGCAAGAGCAACAAUACCAUUAGAAUUAAAAGCUGGUUCAAUUUUCAAGAUAAACUUAAAUCUACUUGUCAAAAUCCUAAAAUUUACAUAUACAGUGUUUAAUCUUUUAUUCACUUCAGUCAAUCGCCAAAUAAAAGAAACUGCUAUAUGAAAACAAAAUUUUUCCUUUUAAACGAUUAGUAAAUAUUUGAUCUUAAAAUGUCUCACACAUGCUGUGAUUAACACCGUACUACCAUCAUCUUUCAAUAAAAUAUCACCACUCAUCGUGCAAAUGCAGUUUUCGAACCUUUUUUCCAGGGUAAAUUAUAAAUUGUGGUCACCUAUGUUUUGAGUGACUUCCUAUAUAUUUAAUAUUAUAUUCUUUCUAGUUCUCAAAUAAUUAUAGGCACACAUCAGUGAUAGUUAUAACUUCAAAUCAAUCAAAAUUAUAUAAGUGACGAAUGUAACUGAGUAUUUAUAUAUUGUUUAAAAUAUUAUUGAAAAUACAGAUUAUAUUAGAUUUAUGACGAGUACCGGAGUACAGUAGUAGGUGUAGUUAUGAUUAGGAACCGUCAUCUUUCAUAUGAUCAUACAUUAGUAAACAUAUAUUUUUCAAACAUAAGAAAUUUAAGUUUAGAAUAUUUAAAUCAUUUUAUAAGUAAUAAACUAGAAGUAGGAUACCGAGAAGGCCUAUUUAAAUUGAAUUUGAUUCCAUAAAUGAAUUGUGUGAGAGCAUAAUACACUUUUUUUAAGAAGCUUUUCUACUCUACGUUUACUGAAUAGAUGGUUAAGAUCUAGAAUGAGUGAGGAAAAGUUAACAGGUCUAGCUUUGUAAUACAUUCCCAAAUAUAUUAAUAUUCAUAAUAAUAUUUGAAUGAUCAUUAAUAGAUUUGCUAAUGAUAAAAAUAGAA